AAAUGGCCGCCAGCUCGGACGCUCCUCAUUGGCUGAAUUUUCCUCUCAAUGGCCGAGCGGAAGACGGGCCGAGGCGACAACCCUCCUAAUGCCUCUUCUACACAAGCUGCCACUCUGAAACCUCAAACUCCGCCUUUUUUGGGCAACAUUUCCUCAUUGGUUUGAAUCGUAUGGUUUAGGAUGAUGGAGACAAUUACUUGUGCGGGGGUGACAUUGGACCUCCCUUCCGAGAUGUGUCAAGACAUUUCGCUGCUGUUUGAGGUGAUCUCUCCUGAUACAUGGAACAACCACCUCACAGAUGACCACCGGGAAAUGCUCAUGGGCUUCUUACCUGAUUUCCCCGAAAAUGACCUGGAGGAAAAGACACGUACCUUGGAAAUGUUCUUCAUGGAUCAGAACUUUAGGCAUGGCACACCACUACGAUUAUUCCAUGAACAACUGUCAAAGGGCUUCUUCAAUCCAGAGAUCUCAAAGAUGAGAGCUCUGCAUAAGAAGAUUCUUUACAGGGAAUACAGGUACCGCCAGAAGCAGUAUGUCCACCACACCUUGGAGGAAAUCUUAGUGCGCAGAAAAAGAGUGCUGGACAUAGUGAGCAACAUGCCUCCAGAUGACGUGCCAAAGAUCCCUCGCCUGCCUCCUUUGCAUAACAAGAGAAAAAGCUCCCGAACGUCAAUAGAAUACAGGACAAAAAAGCGCUAUUUUCGUGAGUUAGCAGCCAUCAAAGCAGAACUUGGUGAUGGAAGUGACUUUUCAGAAGAUGAAAUUUAUCCAGGUAGGGAUUUGGAUUUGCACAAUAAUCAUUUGUUAAAGUUUUAGGUCAAUCUUUAGAGU